AGCCCCGGCCCCCCGGACAGCCCGUCACGCCGCAGGGAGCCUGGCAGCUCCACAGCAGCCCCGCUGCCCGAGGAGGACUGCAUGAAGCUGAACCCCUCCUUCCUGGGCAUCGCCCUCAGCUCCCUGCUCGCCAUCGACCUCUGGGCCUCCAAGCGCCUGGGCGUCUGUGCCAGGGAGGGCUCGGCCUGGGGCAGCGCCCGGCCCCUCAUGAAGGUGAUCGAGGUGUCGGGGCACGGCAUCCCCUGGCUGCUCGGCACCUUCUACGGGCUCUGCCAGAGUGACAGCUCAGCGGCCAGGGAGGUGCUGCUCAACCUGCUCUUCGCGCUGCUGCUGGACCUGGUGCUGGUGGCAGUGGUGAAGGGGCUGGUGAGGCGGCCGCGGCCCACGCACAACCAGAUGGACAUGUUCGUCACCGUCUCGGUGGACAAGUACUCCUUCCCCUCAGGCCACGCCACCAGAGCUGCCCUGGUCUGCCGCUUCCUCCUGCACCACCUGGUGCUGGCCGUCCCGCUGCGGGUCCUCGUGGUGCUCUGGGCUCUCAUCGUCGGCCUCUCGAGGGUCAUGCUGGGCAGGCACAACGUGACGGACGUGCUGUUUGGUUUGCUGCUGGGCUACGCGCAGUACAGCGUGGUGGAGUAUUGCUGGCUGUCCCCGCUCAGCGCCCCGGCCCUCUUUGCCCUCUGGAGCCACUGA